AUUGCAAUCAUGAAGCUCCUACUUGCACUCUGCACUGCAGCCACAUUUUGUUUCUUCUUUAUACCUGCAGGUGAAUGCAUGGACAUAGUUGGAGGGAAUGAAGUUAUUCCCCAUUCAAGACCUUUCAUGGCUCAUCUUAAUGUUGAAUGUGGUGGAGCACUGAUUAAACCAGAUUGGGUACUGACUGCAGCACACUGCUUUACUGGUCGUCUAGACCUGGUGACCCUGGGGGCUCAUUCAAUUUCAAAUUAUGAAGAAGAAAAGCAGACAUUUCAAAUCAAGACAAAAAUUAAACAUCCCCGAUACAACAACAAAACUACGGAUAAUGACAUCAUGCUUUUACAGCUGGACGGUAAAGCAAAACUGAACAAGUUUGUAUCGAUCCUUCCACUUCCUACCUCUGGAGAGGAAGUCAAAGCUGGUACAGGUUGCAGUGUUGCAGGAUGGGGCCUGAUGAAGUUCAAAGGACAGUUUGCUGACACGCUCAGAGAAGUAAACAUCACUGUCAUAGACAGAGAGCUUUGCAACAGCAAUGACUAUUAUAGGAAGAGAGUAACAAAAAACAUGAUGUGUGCAGGAGACAAGAAUGGAGGAAAAGAUGCAUGUCAGGGAGAUUCAGGUGGUCCACUACUUUGCAAUGGUGUCUACAGAGCCUGCAGUGCCAACUCAAACAUCUAG